AUGGACCGCGUCGAUCUGGAAUGCCGCAUGUGGGAUUUCAUGUUUCAUCUCAGUGAAAAAUCCGGUCGCUUUUUAGAUGGUUCUUACGCACUUGUCAAUCGUCUGUUGGCACGCCUACUUUUCGAUGAAACACGUGCUGAUCUCAAUCUCGAAGAUUUGAAAACUAAUGCUCGCAUGUUAAAUGCCGAUCUGCUGAAAUACAAGUAUCUACUGGAUGCCUCCUAUGAGGCUGCAGUCGCCGGCCAACUUCCCACUCCGCAUGCUCAUGUGCAGUCUGUGAUAAUCUCUCUUGGAGUUUCUUAUCUUUCAUGCUACUCUGACUGGUCCGCGUUCAGUGCACAAACAGACUUAAUCCCCUUGCGCUACGCUACUUUCUUUGCCGGCAAAUCUUGGGCCGCCGUAUGCGCUCGAGGUUAUUUCUACUGGCUUCAUUUGCAUGCACGUUGUAUGUUCGGUGCCACGGAAGAACUUCGUUCAGUUCCAGUUUCACAGACCGAAUUUCAGAUGGAUUACAACUCCUCCGUUGCCCCGCUUCCUUAUUCCCUGCUCCAUGCCGCGGUCAUCGUACGGAUGCAUGGUCGUACGCUAGUUCAGUUUAUGCGACAAAGCUGUGAACAGCGGCUAGCGAAACGGCGUCUCAAUCCUCAUGAACAGCUCGAGGCAGAUAAAGGGGAUUCGUACUUCAGAGUACCGGACAAUACUUCGUUUACUGGAGCCAGCUCACCUGAAUUGACUGUUUGGGGAAACUCGUUAUUGACAGACGGAGAAUUGCUCAAUCUGUGGAUGGGGACUCGACUCCUAAUUCGUGGUUGCUUGCAAGUUACGGAAUUAUACACACUUUUUGGAAGCGUCCGCGAGGCGCGUGCUUAUCAGGAUGAGCUUCUUCGGAUCAGUCAACGUUUUCACCUCGUCAGCUGUGCUCAACUAGCUCUUUCGCUCAUGGCCCACUUGGACCUUUUCGCACAGCGCAAAUGGGCCUUCGAGCUGCGUCUUCGUCAACUGAAUCACAUUGCUACAUGUACCGUCCCCCUAGAAGAUAUUGUUCGUAAUCUCUCUUGUCUUGCUGAAAAAUCCAAAGAUGCCUACUUGAACCGGGAAGACGAGGCGGCUUUCUUGCGAUCGGACAGCGCUAACUCCUUAGCAACAAGGCACCAGGCGGUUGCCCAUGAUGCAGAGUCAGCUUUCGAUGACGUAGCGACGGACGCUUUGUCUUCUGCCACCAAUCCGCUGCUGGCUGUAAACGUGCAUGCAUUCGCCUCCAUUUUUCCAUGUAGCCCAACCAGAACUGAAAGGGACACUUCGGCUGUUCCUCCAUGCUUUCCGACCAUCCCGCAACUUAUCUCUCUCAUAACUGGGAGUAUGCACGUUCCCCGCAAAGAGAUUCCCAAACGCUCAAAGACGAAUACACAGACGGAAGCAGUACGGAAGUUGAAUGAGACGCUCACACUUGUUGGUGGUCUGCCCUUGACGGUCUGCGCGUCCCGUAUCCUCAACGGAGUGCAUUGGCCAUGGCUACUGGAAAUCAUACGUCUAGUCCGAGAAGAGCUGCUUCCGACAUCUCAUUUUCUGCCUGCUGCGAUUCCGAUUCCCACUUCACAGAGUAGCAAACACGAGAACAAGCGUAAUGGCGUGGACGACUUACUGGAUGCCUUCGCAGCUUUAAACGCAAGCCCAUCGCGGGAGACGCACGAGUCGCUCACUCGUUUCACUCAGGUAAAACAAUCCUUGAUGGGUUCUGGGUCGGAAUCCCGGGACACUCUCCAUACAGGCAAAACCAUGCCACCGCCGGCUCCUAGCUUGAACGCGCCCCGACGCCUUGCGGAUCGCCGGGCAAGCCCGUGUUCGCGUGCCACUUGUAACAGUCGCUCUCGCAGACUAAAGACCAGCAAUGAGUCAACCAAUGUCUCUAACAUCGAAGUUCCCCUGGCUGCGCCUUCAUCCACUGUUCCAUCCACCCCGGUGAAUGUUCGACGUGCUCACUUCACUGGCCUGCCCAAACCGAUGAUCGAGUCACAAGUGGAUGAUCAAGCGUUUCUGAGCAACUUUGCAUAUCGGUUGGCUCCAAGAAAACAGCGCACAAAGCAGCGAAAAGCCAUCGAUUUCUAUGUGGACCCGGAUGAGAGCUCUCAUGAGAACCCUCGUCAGACGGAACGAAUUAGUGUUGCAAACAAACAGGACACCGCCGAAUCUGGUCCGCUGUAUGAUCCCGUUGAAGCAUGCCCAUCGUUAACCGGCAUUCUUCCUCGACCUCGUAAUCUCCGUUUAGCCUCGAGAUGGAAGGACGUUCAGUACCGCUCAAUUCACCGGUCGCCAGAGUCGAUCGUGAUUUCUCCCCCAUUCCCCGAGUCAAAUAUUCGUGUCACUGAGGCAACAGCCGCAGCCGAUCAACUCGCCACUCGAUUGAAUGCAGCUUACAACCGAUUGGCCGGGUUGCCGGUGCCUAACCUCGUCCGUCCAAUUUGCCACUGGCUCGGUCUCUGGUGGCUUGGAAAGGACUGUCAGAGCCAAGCUGGCCGGUACUUUAGUCAGUCUGUUGGGAUCGCUCCAACAAGCUUAUAUAUGUCCAUUCUCAGUUCACGGUUAUCUGAGUCCAGGACGACCUCCUCUACUGUCCCUACCUCCGACGGUUGGUUCCACGGAUAUUGCCGGAUCAGAGAAUGCUCCAUCCCUUAUCACCCGCUACGUCACCAAGAUGAUUCGAUCGAUCCUAUCACUUCCUCCCUCAUCACCGUAGUCCAACUAUGUCUUGUGGACGAACUUGUAAUUGACCCCCGAUUUUGUUCCCCAUCCUCUGACUCGUCUCCGAUCGAUCCGACUCACAACGUACCCUUAGGUCUUGGUUCCAAAACCCGUGCGUAUCUGGUGGCCACAAAGUUUACUGGCAUUUCUGGUACUUCAUGUGCCAACCUUCGAGCGGAAUCACGCGUCAUACAUGGAUUUGGUAACGGUGGUUUAAAUGCGCUGAACACGUUCGAACAACUUCAAUCAGAGAGCCUGGAUUCCAUGCAAAUCCAAGAUCGUGUCCGUUACUGGAAAACAAGGUACGCCUUGGAUAGCCGCUUGGAGGCCAUUUUAGCCGAAAUGCGAAGAGAAUGGUUCACUCAAGACGAUCUGGCUUGGCUCCUUAAUCGAAAUACUAAAACCGGCUUAACUCCUCGUUCCAUCGUACUGGUCUUAGACAGACGGCUCAUCUACUUACCGUGGGAGUGGAUUCUUACGGACGCGGGUUCUGAUUGUGAGCAGGUGCCAAUGUUCACUCGUAGUUUCAGUCUUCCGCUUGUUCUUGGUCAUCUGGCAACUGUUCAACUCGCGCUGAAGUCCGACACCUUCCCCGUCUUCGAUCCGCAUCGUUCCUAUUAUGUGCUUAAUCCCGAAGCAAAUCUAUCCUUCACACAACAAGUGUUUCAGCCCUUAUUUCAAAAACUGACAACUUGGCGUGGUGUUAUUGCCCGAGAGCCGACCCCCGUCGAGGUUAAUACAGGCUUCACUGAACAUGAUCUGUUCAUAUAUCUCGGACACGGAAAUGGUUCCCGCUUUCUAUUACACACAUUUAACCAAGGUCUGGCUGCUCGGGCGGUCGCCCUUAUCCUCGGUUGUAGUUCCGCUAAACCGCGUUGGGAAGGCCGGCACGAGCCGUAUUCAUCCCUGUUCAAUCACCUGCUUGCUGGUUGCCCGUUCGUUGCUGGUCUUCUGUGGGACGUAACUGACAGAGAUAUGGAUCGAUUCACUUGGCGUCUCCUCGGUCAAUGGCUGUUUACGAACCAAGACCCCAAAAAUGGCGAUGCUUGCAAGUCACUCCGCUAUUGCUUGACGCAGGCCAGCUCAGCGUGCAAACUCAAGUAUCUUGUGGGUCGGUCGGUCGUUGUGUAUGGUGUCCCGGCCGAACCCAUCCCCGAUUUACUUUUAUCCACUCCAGAUGACUUUCGAUUGGAGUAUGUGUCAAAACCUCUGUAACGAUAAAACUAUACUGAAUCUAAUUAUGUACCAAGAAACAUAUGUAAAUGUUGCUACUUUGAGUUAUAAACCUACACUAUACGG